AUGGCCAUUGCCAUGGGCUGGCAGAAACCCGACAAUGUCGCGGGCUCGUCGGCGCCGGCCAUCAUGGUCGGCCUGUUUGUGGCCUCGGGCGGGUUGCUGUUCGGCUACGAUACUGGGGCCAUAAACGGCAUCCUUGCCAUGACAGAGUUCAAACAGCAGUUCGGAAAAAACACAAAUUGUACAGACGAUGACGGAAACAUUGAAAUAUGCACCAAAGACUCUUCCAUCAUCGUCGCCAUCCUCAGCGCCGGAACCGCCCUGGGCGCUCUGAUUGCUGCGCCCACAGGCGACACUCUCGGACGCCGAAAGACUCUGAUGGUUGCCGUUGGUAUCUUCUGCCUCGGCUCCAUCUUUCAGGUUUGCGCUCAGGAUAUUGAUAUGCUGCUGGCUGGAAGAUUUCUUGCCGGCGUUGGCGUAGGAGCCAUCUCUGUCCUUGUUCCUUUGUAUCAGUCCGAAAUGGCUCCCAAAUGGAUACGAGGUACUCUCGUUUGCGCAUAUCAACUCUCCAUCACCUGCGGCCUUCUUGCCGCCUCCAUUGUCAACAUUCUCACCUCACGUCUCAAGGACGCAUCAGCUUACCGUAUCCCCCUCGGCCUCCAAAUCGUACCCGCUGUCAUCCUCACUGUCGGCCUAUUACUAUUACCAGAGACCCCACGCUUCCUAGUAAAGAAGGGUCUCAUCGAUGCCGCUGGUCUUUCACUCAGUCGACUACGACGACUUGACAUUACCCAUCCAGCACUGGUUGACGAACUCCAGGAAAUCGUUGCCAACCACCAAUACGAGCUGACAUUAGGCCCUGACACCUACAAGGAUAUCUUUGUUGGAUCGCCACAUCUUGGACGACGCACGCUUACCGGCUGUGGCCUGCAGAUGCUACAGCAGCUCACUGGUAUCAACUUUAUCAUGUAUUACAGCACCACCUUCUUUGGCGGUGCUGGUGUCGAAAGCCCUUACACCAAGUCACUAAUCAUCAACAUUAUCAACGUCGUAUCAACUAUCCCAGGCCUAUUAGUCAUUGAGCACUGGGGUCGGCGGAAACUCUUGAUGAUCGGAGCCAUCGGUAUGGCUGCUUGCCAACUCCUCAUGGCCUCUUUCAAUACCGCCACAGGGCCCAACUUUGAAAAGGCAUCACAGACCAUCCUGGUCACCUUUUGCGCCAUCAACAUCGCCUUCUUCGCUGCGUCCUGGGGCCCAGUCGUCUGGGUCGUCACCUCCGAGAUAUACCCCCUCAAAGUACGAGCCAAGGCCAUGUCUGUAUCGACAGCUUCGAACUGGAUUCUCAACUUUGGCAUUGCGUACAGCGCUCCUUUCAUGGUCGGCACUGGCCCAGGCAACGCCGCCUUUGGCCCCAAGAUCUUUUUCAUAUGGGGCGCCUUUUGCAUCAUCGCCGUCUUCUUUGUAUGGUGUAUGGUAUACGAGACAAGCAAAAUCAGCCUGGAACAGAUCGACGAAAUGUACGAGCGGGUUAAUCACGCGUGGAACAGCAAGUCGUUUGAGCCAAGCUGGAGCUUCCAGCAGAUGCUCAACGACGGCUGGUCUCCAAGCGCCCAACCGCCCGCUGAUCACGAACUACAAGUGACGACGACAGCCUCGAGCGCCGACACAACGCUCGGCGACGGUGACACAUCUUCAAUAACGGUGAACAACAACACCAACACAUCACGCAAUAACGACGACGGGCAGAACAAGGGACCGCCGGCCAUGGCAAUGGCCAACGUCGAUUUUAGCUACUAGGCUUAGUGUGUGUCGGUCGGAGUUGUUUGUCUGGGUAUAUUACGUGUCUUUCGUCCUCAACGUCACAUAGGGAAUCAGCGAUGGAGUUCGAUGAGGUGGAGUUAUGCGGGGUUCACGUGUCUUUUUAUGUGUCUGCCUACUUGUUUCUUUUUGUCACUUACGUCUUUUCAACUUUUGGGAUUUAUAUCACCCCCAGCUGGGGUUCAGGGUCAGUCAAGGAACAUGGGACUUGGGCAAAGUGGGUUGGAUACCAAACUCGCCUAUUCGGCUUUCUGGUUACUAUCGUUUUUUUAGGGGUUAUGCCGUCGAUGAAUGGGAUGGGAGCCCGGAUACCCUGUGGGCAGCGACUAAUUGUCGAGAGAAGCGCGGGAAGGUGACGGCGCAUGGCCACGGAUUCUUGGGUUACAGACAAGACAGUGGAUUAUUCGGUCUGAUUACCUGUCAAA